ACCUGGACGAUGAGGUGGAAAAGGAUCUGGUGGAGUGGAUGAUCAGUGACGAUCCAAGCAAGAGGCCUAGAGUUGAGGAGGCCCUUGUCCACCCCUUCUUUUGGACAGAUGACAAGAGAGUGGAGUACUUAAAAAAACUGGGGAAUAUGGAAGAGGUGCAGAACUGCCGCCAGGCUGAAGAGGAGCUCCUUAAAGCACUAGAGGAAAUGACAGUGGGGAAAACCUUCUCAGACUGGGGAGCAAAAUUCCCCUCUGAGCUUGUACAAAAAAUGGAAGGGAGAAAACCCUACUCGGAGAACAUACUUGGGCUGCUGCGAUUCAUACGGAAUAUGUACGAGCACUAG